GUAGUCGGCAAGUGUUACAGUUCCUAUCUCAGUAGCGGAGCAGAGAGCAACCAAGAUCCGGAAGAUCUAUCGCUCGCGGCAAAUUCGCGUGUAGUCUUCUUUUAUAUCUAUGAAAAAUCGAUUCUUCUUUUAUCGAGACUGUCUUCAAUCCUGCUCGCGUAGUGCAUUUCGUGAUUGAUUAUCAGGUGAUCGUUCUUGUGUUGUUAUUGUUAUUAUUGGUGGUGGUGCUGGCCGAAUCGAAUCUAGAGCAUGACGAAAAGACACACGGUGGUCGUGAAGCUCAAGAGAUCCAGUACUAGCAGACCUUGGGGUAUAAGAAUUGCCGGAGGUGCCGAUCUGAACACACCGAUUGUUGUCACUCGCUCGGAGAACGAGGCGCUUCAGAAGGGUGACGUGAUCAGGAAAAUUGACGAUUACGAUACGCGGGACGUGAGGCAUGUAGACGCACAGAAUCUUCUUCAAAACUCCGAAAUCAUAAAGCUAGUCGUCGAAAGGUCUGAGCCUUCGAGAGCCGCAACAUCAUCACGUUUAACCACCGACACUACGUACAUCACCGCGUCACCAUCACCGUCAUCUACGAUUUUCAAGUCGGUCACUGGCAACGGGGCUGCGGUCACUAGUCUGUAUAAAGAGCCGAAAAAACAUCCUCAAGAAUUACCAAAAAGUCCAAUACCAUCACCCUCGGUUGAAGAAUACAGACCAUCACCGAUAUCGACUCCCGAAUACACUCUUCGCAGCACGAUCGUCUUACCGCAUGAACACCGAGACGAAAUUCGUGAAGAAAAAGUUCAUUUGUCGCAGCCCUACCGUACGACUCCUUUGGUCUUACCAGGUGCCAAGGUCAAGAAAGAUGCUCCUCUCGGCGAAUGCUAUCUACGUCAUCACCCAAAUCCGAUGAUCAGGGCGGCACCCCAUCAUUACGAAACGAUUCAUCCUGAAGUUGCUAUGAAACAAAAAGUGGCGGAAACGGUACUUCAGCGUGUCGUCGGACCGAAUGAAGUUCCAAAGAUCGUUCACAAGCAAUUCAAUUCGCCAAUCGGGCUCUAUUCGGAACAGAACAUUGCGGAUACCAUCAAGUGUCAAGCAUCCGCUGUACCUCUGAAGAAGCCGAUGAAAUAUGAUCCGAGUAAGAGCGAGGCAUACAAAGCUCUGCAGGAGGAAGAACUUGGAGACCAGAUCCAGGAAGUCAGGCAACCAGCUCGCACUGGUGUUUUCACACCGCAAAAGUCGAAUAAGAUAUACCAGACUCCACCGAAAAGUCCAGCAUACAUAAACGUGAUGGACGACGAGGGCGAGAAGAUACAUCAGAGCAACAGCUUCAAGAAGAUCAUGUACAGUGUGCUGGGACAAACCGAUUAUUAAAGCCGAACUGACGCUAUACAUAUAUUACUAUUUAAUGUUAAAUAAAUAUAUAUUUUAUUUAUUGUAUUUUUCGCGCAAUAAAAGAGCAAUAUUACGAAUUACGCGCAGAAUUUUGAGCGUGUCAAACAAAAGUAUUGUAUUUUAUUGAGAUUUGUUUAGCGCGAUUGAAUUUAAUUAUGUAGAAAGCUUAGGAACUUAUUAAACGCAUACGCAUAAAAAUGCAAGUGCACUCGAUAUUAAAUGCUUGUCCGAUGAAACAACGCUGUGUAUCUUCUAAAAACAUAGUAAAAUAAUAAUAGUUACUACAAAACGCGUCGUUUAGUUAUGUAACUUGUAAUCUUACAGUGGCUGCGUUUCGACAUUCACUGUCAGUAUUGAAAAUCCAUAGUGCAUGUGACGUAAAGUAUAUAGAUUUUCAGUACUAGCAGUGAAUAUCGGAAUGCAACCAUUAUCUUCUACUCGAGAUUAGUAGUUUUUGCUAGGCGCUGCACUAAGAUUAAUUACUUAAUUUACUUUCCUUUCUCUGCAUCUUGUUGUAUUUAUUUUUUGAUGAUUUAUUUACACUGUGUUAUACUCCCAACGUUAUGCGCAAUAAAAAAUUAAUUUUCACAAAACUCUCAUCGAGAUUUCUUUUGCUCUCUUCAGAUUCGAAAUUCAAUGAUUUUCUUCUCACAACAGAACUUUUUAAACGUGCUUUCUAGUUUCUUGUAAUUGAAUUUCUAUACUACUAUUUAUUAAUAAGAAAAAUGUUACAGCAAAAAAAAUGACGAAUGUAUUUUCAUUGUCUCUAUAUCCUUAUAGUUAUUCAUUGUCUCUAUAUCCUUAGUGUUUUCUGACAAUUUUUCUAUAGCAUGUACCAUAUUUGAAAGAAUUGUGAUUUAGAAGUAAUUAUUUUCAAACCCUUUUUUUUUAUAAGGAUGUAUAUCUCACUAAGCUUGCAACUAUUACAUUACAAAAGGAAUAUAUUACACGAGAUGACAGAAAGAAUUUAAUUUAAUCAGCAACUAAUAAGAUACUACAAUAUCGCACGUAAGUUUUUGCUAAACAAAAUUUUAAAGUGUCAGAUGUUACUUUUGAGGUUUAUUUAUAAUAGCAGUUUUGCACAUGUGUACUACUGUUAUAUUACGCACACAAGUAAUAUAACAAACAAGUAAAAUAAUGGAUAAUGCGGCCUU